AGAAUGCAUCAGAUGCUGUCCAAGGAAGGUGCCUCCACCUGUCCGAGGAAGGUGUGUUCCACAAGUUGCUGCAUCGAUUGCAACAACAGAUGACGAGGCUGCAGCGAUGGGCGACGAUGCCGCCGGAGUAGGGGAGGCCUGUGCCAAGGUUGUGGUGGCGAAGACGCAAACCACAAUAAGGAAGUGGAUCGACAACGACGCACAGAAGAAGUUAGAUGUCGCGUGGGCGGAAGCAAUGUUCAGGGCUGGAAUUGCUUUCAACUUCCUGAACUUUGACACCACGCAGGCUCUUCAUGACGCUUACUUGGAGGUUGCCAAUGCAAAGCCGAAGGUCAAGUUGCCUACCUACAAGCAUAUGCGGACUGUCAUGCUGGACUACAUCUUUCUGAAGGUGCAGAAGUCGAUCAACCCCUUGACUGCUUGUUGGGACAAGACCGGCUGCACAUUCAUCACAAACGGAUCAACAGAUCCAGCAUUGGCGAAGUUGUGGGAGCAGGUGAUGCGGGAGAUCGGGAUCAAACGGAUCAAUGCGAUCUGCACCGAUAACGCUGAGGUCAACAAGAAGGCAGCACAGAUCCUGGAGCGGCCGACCGGCAGAGACAUUGCAAAGAUACCAUGGGUGCCUUGCGGAGCGCAUUGCUGCAGCCUAUUGUUGAAGGACCUGAGCAGUUUGCCAUGGGUGAAGGACACAGUGAAGACGGCGAACACAAUUGUGAAGUUCAUCAGGAACCAUCACGCCACGCACGGUCUGAUGAUGUCCAUCGAUGACUCCUUGUCAUUGCUGCGCCCGACAGAGGUCCGGUUCGGGUCGGUGUACCAAAUGCUGAAUAGGCUGGCGGAUAGGGCAGAAGUGUUGGAUGAGAUGGUGGACGGAGGUUCUGCAGCGAAGUGGAGGGCAUUGAGGUGGUCGGGAGAGAAGCUCCARAAAAAAGCGGACCUUGUCUACUACACUGUGAGGUCAGAGAGUUGGUGGGCCGAAGUCAGGAAAAUUGUGGCAAUUAUGGAGCUGGUGUACAGCCUCCUGAAGAGGAUGGACAGGGAAGGAGUUUCUCCCACCAACCUCGUGGAGUUCGACGACCUUAUCGCAAGGAAAUUGGCAAACGUCGUACUGACGAAGAAGGAGAGGGAGGAUGUAAUGGACAAAGUUAAGGACCGCGUGAAGAUGAUGCGGCAGCCCGUUCACGCAGCUGCGUUUUUGUUGGAUCCACGGAGGAGAGACCCAGGCUGGCUCAACGACCCGGACAGCGMCCUCGUGCAGAAUGCAAUGCGCUUCUUCUGCAGGCAGAUCGGAGCGGAGUGGGAUUCAAAGCCGCACAUGGACAUGUGGGACCAUCUCUACGAGUUUUUGAGAGAGCCUGUUUCAGGGAAAGUGAGGAUAGAUGAACGGAUGUGGACACCGGGUGCCAUCGCGCAAGCAACACGACAUACGCCCGCGGACUGGUGGUCCUUGCACGUUGGGGAUGUUCCAGUUUUGCAGGAGAUCGCCAUCAGAGUGUUGGGGAUGUGGAGCACGGCGACACCGGGGGAGCAGAACUGGGCGUCGAUGGACUUUGUCCAUUCCAAGCGCAGAAACAGCUUCUCGCCGGAGUCCUUGGAGAAGUUGGUUUACAUUCACUGGAACAUGCAGUUGCUGCGUGUUCCAAGUAGCAAGGACAAUGGCUACAUUGAUGUUUGGGGAUCCUUCUUCAAGCCGCUGAUGGAGCCGGCAGCGGAAGACGGAGCGAUCGAGGACCCCGCGGAGGAUGAGACAACGGACAACAUCGAGGAAGAGAAAAGGCAGAAGAGACUGAAGAAGACUCCCCAAAACCGGAUUCCGAAGAGCCUGCUAUGUGACGAGUCAAGUGGGAGUAGUGAUCUUGAGGAUCUGGUGUGGAAGGGGAAGUGUUGGGACGAGUCCACUUCCGAGGACGAAGACAGUGAGGAUGACAUCGGGGAGGACUCAGAUUUUGAGUUGGGGGUCAAGYCGGCRGUGCCAGCYACUACGUACGUAGGUCGGAGGCUUGGGAGGCGAGCUAAGGWGGCGRAGGUGCUGCCUUCAGAGCCCAUGGAGAGACUGGACACUGAUAUCGAGUUCUUGGCGCRCCCUAUACAGUCCCCAACCSAUGCAGACGAGGAGGAAGCAGCUCGGGCCAAGGCUAUGGCCGACCRGGAUGCUGCUKUGGUUCAGAGGCGGAUGUGUGAGGAGGARGCUCGCCGUGCUGCAGUCCCCACCCRGAGGGAGACAGAGAGACAGAGCAAACAGGCCAGCCARCAUGAGGAGCAGCAUAGUGAGGAAAAGGAAGGAAGGGUGGACAACAUGGAGGUCGAUGACGCGGCCGUGCGUGCAGAAAAUGAAGGGACUUUGCAGCAAGAAGGGGAAAAAGGUUCGCCGCGAGAGGGAGAUGAUAUGGAUAUGGAGGAUGUGGACAAACAUCAGCAGCAGGAAGAAGGAGAGGAACCGCAGCAACCAUUGCCACCCACGGUUUAUACACGAAGACCCCGCCCAUCCGCACUGCACCAGCCUGCACCGCAAGAGCCGCAGGAGGACCAGCAGCCUGUCGUUGAGAAGCAGCCAGAAACACUAGGACCAACGACCUGCAAACCCUGAACGCAACAACCCCCUCGCCACUCACAACCAGGGCCCCAAAACCCUUGAGCGCCCCCCCCCCCCCCCCCCCCCCCCCCCCCCCCCCCCCCCGCCUCCCGGCACACCCAAAAAAAAAUCCGACCUUCAAAGUUUUACGGCGGAAUCCGACAGAUCUCGGCAAGCGCAGUCGGAUGCCGUCGAAAAAAAUAAUAAUAAUAAUAAUUUGGCCAUUUUUUUUGUGACAUCCGGUUUUCCGGUUGACCCCCCCUCAACCGGUCCGGUCCCCGUUGGACCAGGUCAGCACGACCGGCCGGUCGCCGGCCCAGCACUGAUUUUAACAAAACUUAAUGGUCAUU